CACUGGAGCGAGACAAGGCGGCAAAGGACGAGAUGGCUAUCCCGAACCACGCCCCCGGCGGAAGGCGUUCCGCUUCACAACUGCUCUCUAUCCCACGCGAAGUCCGCGACCUAUCUGAACCUGAUGUACGCCUGUCGACUCGUCGCCAGCGAGAUGCGCCAUCUUGCCUUGCGGAGCAACACCAUAACGUUCUCAACCAUUACUUCGGAAGAUGGACCCUUCUCUGCAGUCGCGCUUGAAGGCUUACGCAUACGGGCUGCUCGGUUUGAUAGCCUCGUCGGGCGUAACCUCGAUAGCCGUGGGCAACUCUUGUUUCAUCUUGCCGGAGGCUUCCUGGUAGAUAAGAGCUACGAAGAGUAUCAGGCACGAACAGGAUCGCUAGACGCCAACAACGACGGCAAUAACCUUGACGAACCCUCCGUCUCCGGACGGCCCUGCUCUGGUGAAACUGAAACCCCUACGGCGCAACUGCUCCUUGCCGAGCUGACUAAGAAACACUUUCGCUUCCGACCGGUCCUGGAGCGGAUGGAUUUUGGGGACUGGGUACUACGGAGAGCUAAUAUGUACGAUCGCCACGGGCCUUACGGCGAAGCGCCCUCGUCGUUCCGUGAGCUCUGCUGCGACCUCCUUCGAGCCGCGUCUCGUCUGGAACCGAGCGACUAUGAUCAGCUCCAUUGGUGCCAGUACUUGAACAUCUCGGAAAAUCGCUUACCGGGUGGGGAGACGCGCUCCAGUCGCAUCAUGCGUUGCUCCGUUGGGGAGUGGGAAAUCCCCACGGCGGCCGACCUGAAGGAGUUGUCGUCGUGGAUAGCCGAGGAGAAGCGCUUGCUCUCAUCAAUCCGCUACGGGUCCGACGGCUCAGUCUACCGCUUCUCCGCCGCCGCGUCGGCGAUCCGCUACUUGAAGUCCAUCCCCGCCGCCGUACGCGCGCAGCUCCGCAAAAUCGUCCUCGUCGAGGACUACCGUUCCGUAGCGCAUCCGGAAAGCCACGCCCGAGGCCUGAUCCCUUUCUGCCAGGAAACCCCCCUCCUACGGAUCGAGCGUCGCGUAAACCUGUGGCGGCAUCUCUUUCAGAUCGACAAGAGGUGGCACACGCCCCACCAGCAGUGCGAACAUCAGAAUCGUGCCGCGACGCGGGCGCUCAGGUCGCGGGACAUCACAUCAGCCGUCGCGCUCUGGGUCACAGAGGCCCUGGCUCUCGGCCCUGCGGGUAUGCUUGCGGUAUCCUUUUUUAUGGUCCUGGACGGCGGCCUAGCGCCGCAGCUGUGCGCGCGUAUCUUCUAG